AUGGCUGACACCACCGUUGAACCAAGUUCUCAUAGGCGGCCCGAUGCGCCCUCAUCGGACGCUAGCCAGAGUAUACAACAUCAAUCUAAGGGUGACAAGCGUCUAUGGUUUGUAGCAAUUAGUGUAACACUUGGGAUGUUGUUGAUGUAUGGUUUCAUGAAUUCUUUGGAUGGCAGACGUCCUGUCGACUCGAUUCAACGCCGUCCGCCUCCCUUAUCUGUGGGGUCAGAGCUUAACGGUCUCGUUCCUGAGUUUCCAUUGCAAAAAACGACCUUCUCCGAUUUGACUGUCUCUUGGCCAUCUACAGAACAAUGGAUGCAAGGUUCCGUGUCAAACAGUGAAUGGAAUGAGCUGAUGAACAGCCUUCACAGAGUAAUUCCACAUGGUGGGGGUUUCCUGAAAGUUGAUCAUCCCGAACGCUUUCUUCUGCCGCCACCUUUGACCAUAUCCUGGCCAGAAAAGCCAACGGUAUACAGCUUGUCUGUAUUUCAUCAGCUGCACUGCUUUGGAGCUAUUCUUGAGGAUUAUCGCAAAAUACACAUUGGACAAUCACCAACACAGCCCUUGCACCAUAUACUUCACUGUUUUGAUUUUUUACGGCAGGCAAUACUGUGUUGCGGUGAUUGCACAAUGGAACCCAAUAAAGCUGUCGCCCUUCAUCACCAAGGGAACGUGCCUGAGAUGAACACCGUAAGGGUUUGUAAAAAUAUCAACAAUAUCAUAGAAUUCGCAAACAAAAACCAACCAAGAAGGACGCAGAAAACCGCCAAAUGA